GUCGAAUUGUAUAAAUAAGGUGGUUCUGACUGCCAGCCUCGUUAGUUGAAUUAAAGCCAGUGCGCAAAACAGUUACCACCAUCACCAUAAAUCAUAAAUAGACCUACAAAAUGAGAUUCACACUGCUCCUGCUCAUCGCCAGCUUGGCCUGUAUCCUGGCCGCACCCGCACCAGCUCCUGAGUCGUCGGUGAAGACCAAGCGGGGCUUGUCCUUGGGGCUGGGCUACCACCACGCCCCACUGGUCACCCACUCGCACUACAUCUCCGCCCCCACGGUGGUGCACCAUGCUCCGAUAAUCUCGCAUGCACCGCUCAUCUCCCACGCACCGCUCAUCUCGCACGCCCCCCUGAUCGCCCACCAUCCGGUAUCCUCGGUCUCGUACCACCUGCCCACAUAUCAUUCCAUUCACCACUUUUAAAGAAUUCCACGGAUCAGCAGCAGCAACCAACAGCACCUGAUACAUCAGCCAACUACCCAUUAACCCCCGACAGAAAUCCUACAUAUAUACAUCGUUUUUGCAACGGACCUCGUGCCCAAAUAUCUUCUGUUGGCUUUGUAAAUAAACAUUGAGGUCGAUCCAG